AUGUUAGACGAAUCUUGGCGAAAAGUGUUCAAUGCAAGAAAAGUUCCAAUUGGAAGAAAAGAUCGAUUUGUCGUUAAUAUGACUACUGUUCAAAAUAUAAUGAGAGAUGCUCAACUUUAUAAUGAAAAUUCUCCGUUUGAUAUAGAAAAAACUCAAAUUGCUACAGCUUAUAAGACAGUUUGUUCAAAAUUUCAUAGGACAAUGUUGUCGUUUGACGAAUUUAAACAAUUUAUUAUUGAAUAUGCUAAAGGAAUAAAGAAGGAUAAAGAAAUAAUUGAAACUGCAAUUAGUCGAUUACAGAAACCAUCGUAUAAUGUACAAAAGACCAAAGAAGAUCCGGUAGUAACUCGUCUAACCAAUCCCAAACUCUACGGUGGUACACAUGUACAUCGUUUUGAAGAAAAUGGCAAGGGAGCGGGUAAAUCGGGACGUAUGGAUAUUGCAAAAGACACUACUGGAUAUGUACAAGGAUACACAAAUAAAGGGAUGUACGAUAAGCCUAUCAAAACAAGGCUGUCUAUGAGUUCAAGAAAAGAUGCGUCAUACUAUAAUCAAACCGAUGAUUCUGAAAUAAAUUAUUUAAAAGCACCAUCGAAUUUUAUGAGAGCAAAGAACAAUGAACAUUUAUUUGAUCAGUCGUUCACAAAACUAUCUACUAACAUUAAAUUUGCCGAUCAAAAUGAGAUACAAGGCAGAUAUGGUCGAAUUGGUCUCACUUCACCGAAAGAACAAAUGAAUGAAAGAAAAUAA